AUGGUCGAAAGUGGUCUCAAAACAGGAAGGAUCGUGAGCCAGACAGCAAUCAAAGCUACCACACAGGCCAUUCAAGGUGGUUCAACAAGUUUUGGAAAUCGUAAAAGGAAAGAGGAAGUUAUUUCACUGGCAUCAGGGUCAAGGGGAGCUCAGAGAAAGUCUAAUUGCCCUUACACAUCAGUUCAGAGACAACUUAGCUAUCCUCAGCAUUACUACCCUUAUGCCCCUCAAUAUCCAGUAUCUCCAUCUCCAUACACGGUCUUAAAUGCUCAGUCAUAUGUGCAUCCUCCCAAGCGCCCACAUUUUCGGGCCCCAUCUCAAGGAAACUUUCGCCCACAACGGCCACCGUAUCAGGUCUCUUACAACUCUCCUCUUAUGCAGAAUUAUGCUCAAGAUCAAGCACAGAGAAAGAAAUUCACUCCAUUAGGAGAGUCGUACUCCAGCUUGUUUCAAAAGUUAAGAAAGAUAGGAGCGAUUGAGUGUAUCCCACCAUAUCGUCUGAAUCCAAAUGCUCCAAGUUUCCAAGCCAAUGAAAGAUGUGAAUACCAUUCAGGAGUCCCAGGAAACAACACUGAUAAUUGUUGGACCUUGAAGGGAGCAAUAGAGAAGCUGAUCGAGCAUGGAGUUGUUGUUGUGACAGAUGAUCAAAACACUCCAAAUGUGAACUAUAACCCACUUCCAGCUGAAAACAACUUAGUGGGUAUGGUUUGUGAUGACCAAAAGUACAAACUCCUCAGCAAAAUGGGAAAGUUGUUUAGGAAGAUCGGAGAAAAAGACAAGUCAAUGAAGAGUUUAGAACCAGUUGCAUCUCUGAGUGUGGAAGGUGUCAAUCUUGACACCAAAGUCUUGUGCGUCCCGGGGGUUCCAAAGGGGAUUGAAGUUCGAGCAGCUAUGCCAAAUGGCUUGACCAAGUUGAAAGAGCCUAUUUUUGUUAAGCCCGUUCAACAUCUUCCAGUAAUUGAUUCAAAGGCUGUCCCUUGGAACUAUAACAAAACCGCAGUAGUUUAUGGAAAGGAGAUUGUCGAAGAAGUUGAUGAAGCGGGGGGUUUGACACGCUCUGGAAGAUGUUAUUCUCCAGAAGAAUUAAGAAAAGGAAAGAUGACUGAAAAUAUCCAAGUACCACUAAAGAAAGCAGUUACUGAAGAAGAAAAUAUAGAAUUUCUAAAAAAGCAUAACGUUUUGAAUGAAGCACAUGUGCCAAAAGAGACCACAGUAAAUCAGUUGGAGAAUAUGACCAAGCGCGUCUUCGAGUCAAACGCCAUCACUUUCACUAAUGAUGAGUUUCCCAAGAAGGGAGCUGAACACAACAAAGCUUUGCAUCUCACAGUGACAUGUGAAGGUUACUAUGUAAUGAGGGUCAUGAUAGAUGGAGGGUCAGGGGUAGACAUAUGUCCUCUUUCAACGCUGCAAAGCUUGAAAGUUAACAGUGACAGAAUUCGCCCCAGUAAUAUAUUUAUGCGAGCUUAUGACGGCUCAAGGAGGGAUACCAUUGGUGAAAUCAAGUUAAACAUGACAAUUGGGCCAGUAGUCUUUAUGAUUGUGUUCCAAGAAAUCAGUGUUCAUGGGGAAGAUGAUUCACCUAUUUAUAGAGAUCCAUCCGUCCCAUACAUUGAGGCAAAGGAAGGAUGUGAUUCUGUUGUUUACCAGUCUUUUGAGGUUGUAGGUGAUAAAUCAACAUGA